AUGGUGAAGUUGACAAAGAGAAUAGGAGGGCUUGUGCUGCGAAUAGCAGCGUUUGGGGCGGCUCUGGCCGCUUUAAUCGUUAUGGUCACUAGCCGCGAGAGAGCCUCCUUCUUCGCCAUCUCUUUUGAAGCUAAAUACACUGAUAUGGCAGCGUUUAAGUACUUUGUGAUCGCAAACGCUGUCGUGAGUGUUUAUAGCUUUAUAGUUCUGUUUCUUCCAAAGGAGAGUUUGCUGUGGAAGUUCGUCGUCGUUUUAGAUUUGGUGAUGACAAUGCUGCUCACGUCAAGUUUAUCGGCGGCAUUAGCGGUGGCGCAAGUGGGAAAGAAAGGAAACGCAAACGCAGGUUGGCUUCCAAUUUGUGGCCAAGUUCCAAAGUUCUGCGAUCAGAUCACCGGAGCUCUAAUCGCCGGUUUCGUAGCACUCGUCCUCUACGUCUUCUUACUCUUAUACUCUCUCCACUCUGUCCUUGAUCCUUUUCUUCUCCAGAAAUCUUGA